AAAAGGCCACCAGCUCGUACUGUCCUUGUGCCCGACCAUUGAAAAUCAGCGGCGUACCUGCAGAUUUUAUUUGCACUUCGAGAGCUCUUAAGCCAUUGUCUUUUGAUAUAUUCUAAAACAAUGGCCUUGCGUCCGCAAAUUCUACGACUGCUUGCGCGGCCUGCGACAAGCACUCCACGGCCGAAUGUCUGCGUACAUUGUCGCAUUCGCUGCUCGUCGACGACAACUACGGCGCCAUCUCCCACACUCUCUCGCCUAAGAGAGGACCUCAAGACAGCCAUGCGCGCCAAAGACACCGUCCGCCUGGGCGUUCUCCGCGCCGUCCUCGCCGACAUCACAAACGCCUCCAAGACAUCGUCACCAAUCACAGACGACCUCUCCCUCCUCGCGCUACUAAGGAAGAAGAUAUCGCAAACGCAGGCAUCCAUUGAAGAGUUUUACCAGGCAGACAGGAAGGACCUUGUUGCGAAGGAGAAGGCGCAGUUGGACAUUCUGAACGAGUACGUCGGUGGUGUCAAAGUCAUGGGUAGGGACGAAGUGAAGGACGUGGUCUUGCAGACAAUUGCAGAAAUCAAAAGUGAAGGUCGGCAACUUGCCCUAGGCGAUGUGAUGAAGAGGGUUACAGGGCCCGGGGGAAAGCUGGAGGGAAAGAUGGUGGAGAAGAGUACUGUUGUCAGCGUGAUUCGGGAGGAGAUUGGCGUCAAGAAAUGAGACCUCUGCUUCACCUGCUCAGAUUGAAGGAACAGCAAAGAUUCCCUUGUUUUAGUUCAUACCUGUAUAAUAGUGAAAAGGCAGAGGAGUGCGUGCGUACAGAAUACGAUGUUUAAUGUACUCCAUGACUUCACGUGAGGUUUGAAUU